AUGUGUGCAGUGCUGUCCCUGGACUGCUAUGUGUGCAGCGCUUCUGCCACCAAUGAAGAAUGCAACCAGAGCAGUCAGGAGUGUCAGCUGCCACUCGACACGUGCAUGACUAUCGUCGACACGUUAGGCGCGCUGAAGGCCAUCGUGAAGCAUUGUGCCAGCAGGGCGACCUGCAACGGAGCCGCGUCCUUCGCGUCAGUCGACUCCAACGGAGACGGAAACUCUGUCAACUGCUGCAACAGCCACAACUUGUGUAACUUCAGCGGAGUCGACUCGAUUCACAAACACACAACACUGCUGCUGACUGUGUGUGUUUUGCUGCUGCUGACACACUGAGGCCAGACGCACAACUGAUCCACAACCAGCCUGUAAUAAUCUGUUCUAUAACGCAUCAUGUAAAUAGUGUAUAUUAGAGACAUGCUGUAAACACACAUGAAGUACAUGUACAAUUAUAUAUUCCAGGAUUUAUAAUAUUUAUUCUUCUUGCUGUAACUUAUAGAAGCUGCAUUAAGCCUUCUAGCACUUCUAUUUAUAUGUACCGUGCUGUGAGUUGUACUCCUGUUUUCUUUAACGUCUUAUCGUUUUC